AGGUCACUCCCAUCCCCUCCCCUCCAAUUCCCCUUUCCUCCGUGUCUCGCAGUGCCCGCUGCAGCUGUUCGGCUGGUGUGUGUGUCUGUCGCAGCAGGCUGGACUCAUGGCCUCGCCCCUGCGAUUCGACGGGCGGGUGGUGCUGGUCACCGGCGCGGGGGGAGGACUGGGCCGAGCCUAUGCCCUGGCUUUUGCAGAAAGGGGUGCAUCCGUUGUUGUGAAUGACUUAGGUGGGGACAUCAAGGGAUUGAGUAAAGGCUCCUUAGCAGCUGCUGAUAAGGUUGUUGAAGAAAUAAGAAGUAAAGGUGGAAAAGCUGUGGCCAACUAUGAUUCGGUGGAAGCAGGAGAGAAGGUUGUGAGGACAGCACUAGAAGCUUUUGGAAGAAUAGAUGUUGUGGUCAACAAUGCUGGAAUUCUGAGGGACAAUUCUUUUGGUAGGAUAAGUGACGACGACUGGGAUAUAAUCCACAGGGUCCAUUUGCGAGGCUCGUUCCAAGUUACCCGGGCGGCUUGGGAUCAUAUGAAGAAACAGAAGUUUGGAAGGAUUGUUAUGACUGCAUCAGCUUCAGGAAUUUAUGGCAACUUUGGCCAGGCCAAUUAUAGUGCUGCAAAGCUGGGUCUUCUGGGCCUUUCAAAUACCCUGGCAAUUGAAGGCCAGAGAAGCAACAUUCACUGUAACACCAUUGCCCCUGCUGCUGGAUCACGGAUGACCCAAAGCAUUAUGCCUGAAGAUCUCAUGGAAGCUCUGAAGCCGGAUUACGUGGCCCCCCUGGUCCUUUGGCUUUGCCAUGAGAGCUGUGAGGAAAAUGGUAGCUUGUUUGAGGUUGGAGGUGGAUGGAUUGGAAAACUACGCUGGGAGCGGGCCCUUGGAGCCAUUGUGAGACAGAAGAAUCAGCGAAUGACUCCCGAGGCCGUGAAGGCCAACUGGAAGAAGAUCUGUGACUUUGAUAAUGCCAGCAAGCCGCAGAGAAUUCAAGAAUCAAUUGGCAGUAUAAUUGGAGUUCUGAAUAAAAUAGAUUCAGAGAGAGGAGUUUUGACAAAUCCUACGAGUCACGCAGCAUCAACAGCUACAUCGGAAUUUGCUGGAGCCAUUGGCCAUAAGCUUCCUCCCUUUUUUUCUGCUUACACGGAACUGGAAACUAUUAUGUAUGCCCUUGGCGUGGGGGCAUCAAUCAAGGAACCGAAAGAUAUGAAAUUUAUAUAUGAAGGAAGCACCGAUUUCUCCUGUUUGCCUACCUUUGGAGUUAUUAUAGCUCAGAAACCUAUAGUAGGUGGAGAAUUAUCAGGGAUUCCUGGGUUUUCGGUCAACUUGGAAAAGGUUCUCCACGGGGAGCAAUACUUGGAGUUAUAUAAACCACUUCCCAGAGCAGGAAACUUAAAAUGUGAAGCAGUCAUUGCUGAUGUCCUAGAUAAAGGAUCCGGUCUAGUAAUUCUUGUGGAUGUCUAUUCUUACUUUGAGGAGGAACUUGUAUGUUAUAAUCAGUUCUCUAUUUUCGUUGUUGGCUCUGGAGGCUUUGGUGGAAAACGGACGUCAAACAAAGUCAAGGUAGCUUUAGCCGUGCCUAAUAGACCUCCCGAUGCCGUGCUUAGAGAUACCACCUCCCUUAAUCAGGCUGCUUUGUACCGCCUCAGUGGCGACUGGAAUCCCUUACACAUCGAUCCUAACUUCGCUGGUUUCGCAGGUUUCGACAAGCCCAUAUUACAUGGAUUAUGUACAUUUGGAUUUUCUGCCAGGCAUGUUUUACAGCAGUUUGCAGACAAUGAUGUGUCACGAUUCAAGGCAAUUAAGGUUCGUUUUGCAAAACCAGUGUAUCCAGGACAGACUCUACAAACUGAGAUGUGGAAGGAAGGAAAUAGAAUCCAUUUCCAAACCAAGAUCGAAGAAACCGGAGACAUUGUCAUUUCAAAUGCAUAUGUGGAUCUCAUACCAACAUCUGAUACUUCAGCAAAGACACCCUCUGAGGGUGGGGAGCUCCAGAGUACCCUGGUAUUUGAGGAGAUAGGUCGCCGCCUGAAGGAUAUCGGGCAUGAGGUGGCAGAGAAAGUAAAUGCCGUAUUUGAGUGGCAUAUCACUAAAGGUGGACACACUGCAGCCAAGUGGACUGUUGACCUAAAAAGUGGUUCUGGAAAAGUGUAUCAAGGCCCUGCAAAAGGCUCUGCUGACGCAACCUUCACGCUUUCAGAUGAAGAUUUCAUGGACGUGGUCCUGGGCAAGCUCGACCCUCAGAAGGCAUUCUUUAGUGGCAGACUGAAGGCCGGAGGGAACAUCAUGCUGAGCCAGAAGCUUCAGAUGAUUCUUAAAGACUAUGCCAAGCUCUGAAGGACACACUACAUUGUGAAUAAGAACAGAAAAAUUAAAUACUCUCAUCACCCAGAUAUGCAAAACCGAUUAAGCAAAAGUGAUCAAAACUAAGAUACAGGGAAGCUGCUUAUCAUUUUCAGGUUUUAGAUAACUUCUGAGAAUUUAAUUUUUUACUAACUUUUCACGUUAUUAUUCUUUUUACAAGAACCUGUAAGCCAGCACGUAAUAUCUUUCUGUUCUUAGAGCUCUAUCUUCAUAAUAAAAAAUUUUCACCCAA